UGACGGACCCAGGCGCUGUGUCGUGAUCAGGUUGAGCUGCUCCAGACUAAUCUGCAGGUAUUUUCAGUCCUAAUUUGUCCACUUUCACACAUGUUCUCCAACAGCUUCUCCACGAAACCCACACCUUCCUCUUAAGCUGUGACAUCUUGCCUCACAUUUCUUUCAAGGACGACAGAUUCAUUUUGACCCCAUAAAACGUCAGAAGGGGUGACGUCCUCAUACCUCUCUCACACACACGCUCCACGAUGGCGUGGCUCCAGCAGCCCAUCAGAAACGGAUCAAUUAGCGUCGUUUCCACCCCAUUUUCUACAGACGGAUCAUCAUCAUCCGCCCACCUUGGCUCUGAUUUGACGAAUGUCCUGUGUCACGAUAAACCUCACCCAGCCUCCCUAUAUAAGAAACAGAAACUUUUCCAAGAUUCCAGCAAAAACAAAGUGUCCGCAGGCGAAGGAGCAGACCUGUAGAAGCGCUAUUUUCUUGUGCGUAAAAAAAAAUAAAAAUAAAAGAUCACCCCCCCAAAAAGUGCCAAAACCGUCCUGGAGAUGAAGAAGUCCGUCAGGUUCGCCGUGGUGUGCGUCGGAGUGUCUCUGCUCAUCUCCUGCCAGUCCGUCGAAGCCUGGUACAAGCAGGUGACCGGACCCAGCUACUACUCUGUGGGCCGCGCCUCCGGGCUGCUGUCCGGCAUCAGGAGGUCUCCGACCGUCCGGAGAGCCGAGUCCGAGGAGACGGUGAUGGACAGCGGGGAGGCGGCGGGAAACAACUUGAUCCAAGAGACCAACAAGCAAAUCUCCGUCCUGAAGAACAUGGCCAUCUGCCUGAAGGACAUCUCUCCAAACCUGAAGAGCUGCGAGCUGCUGCAGGACGGGACGGGAACCUUCCAGUGCAAGGCAGACGUCUUCCUCACCCUGGACUCCUUGGACUGCCUGUCCGCAUGAGUCUCCGUGAAUCCUCCUCAUCAUCCUCAAAAAAAAAAAAAAAGAGAAAGAAAACAGACAGAAAGAGAGAGAAAAACCAGAGAUUUUAUCUGGAAAAGCAGAAAAAAACAAAACAGAGAUGAGGAAUGGAUGGAGAUUUUGCUUUGAUGACGGACCGUUGCAGACUUUGAAUGUUUUCUCUUAUUUAAAGAAAAAUGCUUAAAAAAAAACAUUGUUCAGUUUUGCUUUUGGUUGCAAAGAAAAAAAA